AUGCAGCAGCUGGUGUCGUGGGGUGCAGCGGGGGCCAUGGUGUUCGGCGGUGUGGUGCCCUACAUUCCCCAGUAUAGGGACAUCCGGCGGACACAGAACGCUGAGGGCUUUUCCACCUACGUCUGCCUGGUGCUGCUGGUCGCAAACAUUUUGCGGAUACUUUUUUGGUUUGGAAGGCGUUUUGAAUCCCCUCUUCUGUGGCAAAGCAUUAUCAUGAUCAUUACUAUGUUACUGAUGCUGAAACUGUGCACUGAAGUACGUGUGUCCAACGAGCUAAACAUAAAACGCCGCUCUUUUGCAGCUGCAGAUAGUAAGGAUGAAGAAAUCAAAGCACCUCCCAAGAGAUCCUAUCUGGAUUUUGACUUGAACUAUUUUUGGCAUUGGAGCAAGUUUACAGACUACGUGCAGUGUGUCCUGACCUUCACUGGCGUGACCGGUUACAUCACUUACCUCUGGCUGGACUCAUCUUUCUUUGUGGAAACACUGGGCUUCCUCGCAGUGUUCACUGAGGCUAUGUUGGGUGUUCCCCAGCUCUACCGCAACUACCAGAAUAUGUCUACAGAAGGAAUGAGCGUCAAGAUGGUGCUGAUGUGGACCAGUGGGGACACGUUCAAGACUGUUUACUUCAUCUUGAAUCAGGCCCCGUUCCAGUUCUCCAUCUGUGGGCUCCUGCAGGUUUUUGUGGACAUCGCUAUCCUGUUGCAGGUUUACUUGUACAGCCACUACCCUCAGAAGCCCGUGCCCCAUACUGCACACCCAGCCAGCACCAAGGCCCUGUGA